CCUUCUUCACUUUAGAAACACCCACUCCGUCCUCUUCCUCCACAUUUUGACACACUGCGCGGAGAAGCAGAUUCGGCAGUCGGAACCAAAACUUUUGGGGUCACGACAAUUUAAAAAAAAAAAAUAUAUAUAUAUCUCGUUCGAUUGUUUAGAAAAAGCAACUUCUUGCUUUUCUGCUUAUUCUAGUUCUUGUCCUGUGUUGGAGGACUUAUUUUGUUUUUGUUUUUAUAAUUGAGCUUGUUUGGUUAGUGACACCUGUUGAUCCUAACUAGCUAGAAUUCGUCUUUAUGUUGGACUUUAUAGGACUUUUCAUCAACGGAGACUCAUUUUUUUUAAUCACUUCUACCGGUCAUAAAUGGACAGUGUGACCCGAAAAAAGUGGACUACACAGUGAUAUCUGUCAAGAUAAAGACACUGCAACAAGUGGGUUUCUGGGUCGCACUUUCAACACUGGACACAUUUCUUGGACUUCAACAAAAAGGAUUCAGAUUCAUAAGCGCAGCACUUUCCCCGGCACCGGGCGACGAAUCAUGGACUCCAAGGGUUUCGGGGUUCGGCACUUGUUCUUGCUGCUGGUCGCCCUCCUCACCGGAACUUCGCAGUUGUUGCUGGUUGACGCCAACUCGUGGUGGUCAAUGGCGCUGACCCCCAUCCAGAGGCCCGAGAUGUACAUCAUCGGUGCUCAGCCGCUAUGCAGUCAGCUGUCCGGCCUUUCCCAGGGUCAGAGGAAGCUGUGCCAGCUCUACCAGGAUCACAUGAUGUACAUCGGAGACGGAGCCAAGACGGGCAUCAAGGAGUGCCAGUAUCAGUUUAGACAGAGGAGGUGGAACUGCAGCACGGUGGACAAUACGUCCGUCUUUGGGCGUGUCAUGCAAAUCGGCUCCAGGGAAACUGCGUUCACCUACGCCAUCAGCGCCGCCGGCGUGGUCAACGCCAUCAGCCGGGCGUGCCGCGAGGGCGAGCUAUCCACGUGCGGCUGCAGUCGAGCGGCACGACCCCGGGACCUGCCCCGUGACUGGCUAUGGGGCGGCUGCGGCGACAACGUCCACUACGGCUACCGCUUCGCCCGCGAGUUCGUGGACGCCCGCGAGCGCGAGAAGAACUUCCCCCGCGGCUCGACCGAGCACUCUCGCACUCUGAUGAACCUGCAGAAUAACGAGGCGGGACGACAGGCGGUGUACAACCUCGCCAACGUGGCCUGCAAGUGUCACGGCGUGUCGGGUUCCUGCAGUCUGAAGACAUGUUGGCUCCAACUGGCCGACUUCCGGCGCGUAGGCGAGUUCCUCAAGGAGAAGUACGACAGCGCCGCCGCCAUGCGCAUCGGACGAAGGGGCAAACUAGAGCAAAUGGACAAGCGCUUCAACCCGCCCACCCCAGAGGACCUGGUCUACAUCGACCCCAGCCCGGACUACUGCCUCCACAACGAAACCACGGGCUCGCUGGGCACCCGUGGCCGCCUGUGCAACAAAACGUCGGAGGGCAUGGACGGCUGCGAGCUGAUGUGCUGCGGCCGCGGCUACGACCAGUUCAAGACGUAUAAACACGAGCGCUGCCACUGCAAGUUCCACUGGUGCUGCUACGUCAAGUGCAAGCGCUGCACCUCAUUGGUCGACCAGUUCGUCUGUAAAUAACCUUCGGGGGAGUGGGGAGGCGAGGCCCGAGCGGCUUCGGGUUCGGUUAAGGCCUACUUUCCUGCUUUCCUGACCCAAACCGAAAAAAAGAAGGCUCACGCGUGACUCCGAUGAAUAAAAUAUAUAACUAAAUAAUAAAUAGACUAUUUAAAAAGAGACGCUUUGGAUCAUCAUCAUCCCCUUUGAUUCUGGCCUGCGGGAUAUUACGAGACGAAGGAAGGGCUUGUGGAAGACUGGAAAAGGGAAUCAUUCUUCAAGGCACACUUAAGCGUCGAAAUACUCGCAACGAAAAAGGGGACACUCCAUUAAACAGUCCAUUUGUCUGCGCGUUAACCGGCGGAAUUCCCCGGCGCGCUCGCAGCUCCCGCGACCCGACGAGCGACAGCGGUUAACGAGGCUUCGCCCGGUCGCCGCCAUCUUGCCUCAACCGGGCGUGACCUUCAUUGGCGGGGAAAAGGCACCGGGGCUAAAAAGCUCCAUUAGCGAGAUUGAUGACGCCGCGGCGAGAAGACGUUCCAACUCGAAUGCUAAUGAACAGUCAACCGAGCUUAACGUCUUCUUUUUGGGGGCCUUCGCCAUCUUGCUUCCAAAAUUAAUGCUUGUUGCCUAUGGUGGAAAAGAAUUGGUAGAUAAUCAUAAUUCAAUCCAGUGGCUGGAAAAAUGAACGUCUGUGUGUGUGGCAAAAAAAAAGAAAUAACAGAAGGGACUGCAAUUUAUUAUGUGCUACUUAAAAUUAGAUCAUAAGAGAAAGUAUAUAUUUUAUUACUGGUUUUUUUCCUGUUUUGUAUGUUUUAUACUUAUUCUUUUGAUAAACUAGUCUUUGGAAAAUGA